CCUUUGCUAUCCAAACCCAAGAUUGAUGUCAAAGAUUUUGAAAUCAUCCGAGUUCUGGGCAAAGGUUGCGCUGGAAAGGUUUUGAUGGCCAGGUAUCGAUCGCCGCACGGUAGUAGUGCUAAGAAACAGCGCGUAUAUGCAAUGAAGAGCAUUCGUAAAAACCAUGUCUUGGCUCAUCGAGAGCUUCAACAUACAUUGACUGAACAAGGUGUCCUGAAACGUGUCGCCAAUGAACCUGGUAGUAAUCCAUUCAUCGUGAGACUAUGGUGGAGUUUCCAUGAUAAAGACCAUUUAUUCUUAGUCAUGGAUUUUCAUCCAGGUGGUGACCUGGCCACUCAACUUGCUAGAUGGGGACGCCUGGGACGAGAUCGUGCACGAUUUUAUGCAGCUGAGAUCACCGAAGGCGUGACUGCAUUGCAUCGAUCAGGGGUGAUCUAUCGCGACUUGAAGCCGGAGAACAUCUUGAUUGCAUUCGAUGGUCACAUCGUCCUGACUGAUUUCGGUCUCAGUAAACAGUUUGCCCCUGCGACCGCUGAUGUGCCUUCUGAAGAGCGAACCAUGACAUUUUGUGGAACAGCGGAGUAUCUGGCACCGGAAGUCUUGUUGGGAGAGCCUUAUAGUUAUGAGGUUGAUUGGUGGUCAUUUGGCACGAUGCUGUACGAGAUGCUUACGGGUCUCACACCCUUUUGGUCUGAAGACCAUGCCACGAUGUAUCGGCGAGUCUUGCAUGAUGAAUUGACUUUUGUCGAAGAUUCAAGCCGAGUCAUGGAUCAUGACACAAAGACCUUGUUACGAGGGCUAUUACAGCGUAAUCCAGCGGUGCGAAUGACAGGGGCUAGGAUCAAAAAGCAUCCCUAUUUCGGCAUGAUCGAUUGGGACCAUGUCCGCCACAAGCGUUACAUCCCCCCUUAUGUCCCUGCAGUCAAUCCUAACGAUGCGACUGACACUCAAAACUUUGAUGAAACGUUUCUC